CUGAUCACCAUAUACUGGCUGGGCAGAAAGGCACAUGCUGAUCAUUUUUACAAUGGACCCUAAAACUCAAGCCUUUCGAGGAAUUACUUGGCACAGCACUAUAUAAGGCACUAGAGGAUUGCACAACACAACAGGGCAGUGUGCGAUACAGCUCUUGUAGAGAGAGCUGGUACUCGGAGAAAGAAGAGCUCUUCCCACUACGGGCCAGACACAGCAGAGAAGACUCUCUAGACAGCCUCGACUCUCUGGGCUCCAGACCUUACAGCACAUCCUCAGACGCUACACUCAAAGGCAGCAGUGAGGGUUGUGGCAGUGACCCUGAGGCAGAUCUGAGCUUCAAGAUGUCAGAAUAUAAAGAAUACCGCCGUUCACUGGUCAUAGCACCUAAAACCACCGCUCAGUACAAUCAGUUCCUGCCAUCAAAGGAAAAGCAGACAGGAUAUGUUCCAGCACCAUUACGCAAGAAACGUGCAGAGCGAAAUGACGACGACAGAAGAAGCUGGGCUAGCCCUAUGUACACAGAAGAUGAUGGCUCUUUUACAAGUCAUGAGAGGGCAGGUUCAGACCCUUCAUCUAUCCCCGGGUUGAAAUCCCAGACUGCUGUUCACCCGUCUUUGGCCUGUGAGUAUGAGAGCAGUGAUUCAGAUGCAGACCGACCAGAUCCCUACAUGGUUUUAGAUGACCUCGCUAGCCGUAGAUUUCACAUCCCCUCUUCUGUCCCUCCAACCAACUUUGCCAUUCCCAUGAGCCAGCUGGAGGCAGCUACUAUCACUUGUACUACCAGGUCACAGGUGGCUGUCAGUAAUGUGUCCCGGCAGACACUGACCCAUCUCAGCAGUCAAUCACAGCCUCUAGAGAGGAAUUACAGAAGGCCUGGUUCCACUGGUGUCUGCAUUUAUGAUGACUCUGAAGAAGAAGAUGACGAGUUUGGCUAUGCUGAUCCUGUUCAAGAUGAUCUUUAUGCCUGUAAAGUAGGUCUGAGACCUCAACCGUCUGUAACAGUGCCUUCUGAUAAAUUUCUGCCCAAGUUCUGGACACCUGAGGGGGAUGCACACAUGAGGAAGAUCAAACUGGGCUCCCAGCACCGGCCUUGGUACAGGAAGAUCCAAGGGUUCAGCCACAAGAAGUCAGGUUUGACUUCUGAGGAAUCAGACGGUGAUGUCAACCCCUGGCUCUCUGUACCUACUUUCUCUCGCACUCAGUCUGAACCCCCUUCCUCUCAUUCCCUUGCACCUGAAGGCCUCGCUCAGUCCAACCUCACUUCCCCGCUCAGUUCUCAAACACAACCCCUCAUGGUUGCUCAGCAGAGUGCAGGGCUGCAUAAGUUAGAACCCCCUGAUUUUUGGUCCAGAACGGAUCCCGCUUCUGGCCCCCGACUCAUCAAAUGUGAAAAGCAUUCCCUUCUAGGGCGUGAACACCCUAAUGACCCAUACAACGUUUCUGCCGACAUCCUGCCUGAUAUGGAAAAUGAUGAUAUGUUUACACGUCGUACAAAAACCUUCCACUCAAGUGAUGACCUGGCCAAGUUGAAGUAUGGUAACUUCCUGUUGCCUCGCCGCAGAUCGGAGGCCGAUGUCAUGGUAGUAAUUCAGCCCCAUCAUGAAGGGGAACUUGUUUAUCCUGACAUUGAAAAAGAUGAUGUGGUUUUUCGAAGGGCUCAACAGCAAAUCAACAAUCGCUCUCUGUCUGGGGCCCCUGAUAACUACCAUCCUGUUCCUAUUCCAGAGGCAUGGGCUUUGCCACCAAAACUUCAGGCCAAGCUGAUAUGUGACCCAGUUGAACCCAGACAGCACAAACCCAAGCCAGAGAUUAAACAUGGAGCAGAACAGCACCUGAAAGCAGAUGAUAUGCUACUUAGAAAGCUAAGGGCUUUAAAUACCCAAGGAAAGAAGGAAAUGGGAGCUCCCAGCAUUUCUUUCUGCAGUGAUGAAGAUGUGCAGAGAUGGCAAGCUAUCAGAGAGGCCAGCUGUGUGCGAUACUGGAAGAGGCUGAUGGUGGAGAGACUGCUCCAGAAAAGCUCUGGUAGUGAAGGGAGCAAAUCAGUGAGCGACAUCACCGACAGUGAGACGAACCUCAGCAACUCUACGAUGGAGUUGCGCAUUGAAGAGCUGCAGAAGAUGCAUAGUCUAAUUAAGGAAAGUGACGAUAAGUGGCAAGAUGAUCUCUCAAGGUGGAAGAAUAAGCGCAAGAGUGUGAAUUCUGACAUUGUGAAGAAGAAAGAGGAGAGGGAACAGAUCGAGCAGAUCACUUCAGGCACCAGGAAACCAAAGACCUUCAAGGAAAUGCAGGAAGAGAGAGAGAGCCGAGGGCAAAGCAACCACAGGGAAAGCUUUAACUCCAUCACUGAUGAUGUCUUCGUAGAACCUGUACCCCGACGCAGAACUCUGCCAGUACAUAGCAACACCAUUGACACCCCUUACGCCCCCAUGGACAAACCUUCAGUACCCUCCAUACCAUCUCUGAGAGAAACGGAACCUGUCACUGCCACAGAUUUUCCUACCAAACGUGAACGCUCCGACCCAGAUAUCCCAGAGAGCCAAACAACGACCCAAAGCCUUCUGGAUGAUCCAGUGCCUUCGUUUUCCAACAGCAACUCCAGCCUGAUUAAGCCCACCAGUGCUAUCAAGCCCACCAGCGUCAGUAAACCCAGCAGCAUUCUCAGCAGCUCAGAGUUGAUUAGCAGCACUAAGCCAGUCGAAAACUCCAGUGGUCUCAUUAGACCUUUGUAUAAACCCAAUUCAAUGGAUACAAAGCAGUCUGGGCUGGAUCGAGUUUCUGCCUCCAUCCCCAAGAGCUACCAGAGAUCAGAUAGCGCAAGACUUCCCUCCGUAGUAACACCCAGGCCAUUCGGCACACAGUCCAACCGAAUCACAUCCCUUCCCAGAGCAUUCACGAUGGAUGACUCUCUUAAGCGCACAAAUGGAGAGACAGACAGCCUCAAGAAGACAACGUUUUCCAACCGCUAUGCUCAAUAUAUGAAAGAUGAAGAUACUUCCCAGGAAAGUCCUGUGCAAAGCAGUGAUGAAGAGUGGAAAACCCCGUCUCCUGUCCCUCCAGUCAACAGGGUGUCCUCCCUGCCCAAAUCUCCUUCCCCACUCAAUCCUCCUAAUGAGGUUGACUUCAGUGAGAUGAGGAUCAGCCUGAACCAGAAACCCAACAGUGGUAGGGACUUCGGCUUCCAGAGCAACUGGGACUCCACUGGGGUCCGUGUCAAAUCUGUAGUUCCAGGCACACCAGCGGAGCACGGUCAAGUGAAGGUUGGAGAUGAGAUCCUUACAGUGAAUGGCCACAGGGUAGCAGACAUGAGCUAUACUGAGUGGAAGAACAGUAUGGAGGAGGCCUUGCGGCAGGGUAGUCUGCUUAUGGACAUCUGUAGACAUGGCAAGAACAACUGGGACAGAGACCUACCUUCCCUUCCAUUUAAAAGCCAUAAGACCGUCAAUCUGACCAGUCUGGAUCCUCUAGGUCCCUCUGAGCCAUACCUCAGCACCAGCCUGGAUUUCACAUCCCAAAAAACCAAGGAUACGGUCGUGAAAACUGUGAAUGCCAGCUCUCAGCCUGGAAAUAAUUAUGGUUCGAAUGGGAUAAAUGGUGGUUUCCAUGAGGAUUCAGAGACUGUGAAUAAUAAAGAAUCUGAAUCCAUUACUAUGAAAAACUUAAAAAGGAGGUCCGAGUUUUUUGAACAAGGUGGAUCCGAUACAGCAAUAUCAAAUCUGCCAAUUCCCUCCAUCACUACAUCCACUGCACGCCACUCCUGGGACCCAGAAGAAGAGCGCAAACGGCAUGAGAAGUGGCAGAAAGAGCAGGAGCACUUGCUGCAGGAGAAGUACAAAAAGGACCAAGAAAAACUGGAUGAGGAGUGGAGAAAGGCACAGAAAGACCUUGAGAAGGAGAGCUUCAAGAAACAUCAGGAGGAGAUGCUGCGUUUAGACGAAGAGAGGAGAAAAAGAGAGGAACAAGAGCACCUUGAGGAAGAGAAGAAAAAGAGAGAAGAAGAGAAGAAAAUAAGAGAAGAGGAGAGACUGCGUUUCGAGGAAGAGAGGAGAAAACGACAGGAACAAGAGCGCUUUCAGGAAGAAAAGAAGAAGAGAGAAGAAGAAAUGAAAAAAAGAGAGCAGGAGAGACUGCUUCUAGAGGAAGAGAGGAGGAGAAGGGAGGAACAAGAGCGCCUUGAGAAACAGAGGAGGAAGAAAGAAGAGGAAGAGCGCUUCCUUCAGGAAAAAGAGAGGAAUAGAAGAGAAGAGGAGAGGAGGCGACUAGAAGAGCAGAAGAGAUUUCAUGAGCAAGAUAAGGUGGACUACUUUGGCUAUACCAAUGUUUACCCUCAAUUAUCCCACUCACACAGAUCCAUUUCGAAAUCUACUCCAGAACUUGAUGAGGUUGCAAAACCAGAUAUUAAAGGUGUGUACGGCAGACACAGGGGUUUGGCAGGAUGGCUGCUGGAAGAGGAACUGAGGCGAAAGAAAAACCCUCAGAUCCAGAAAGAGCAGGCAGCAAGUGAGCUAGAGAUUGAGAGGAGAAGCAUCCUCAAUGCCAUGAAAUACAGAAACCCAGAGAGAGCGAGCGGUGGUCUGGGUGAGUUCAGUAGAGACUAUAAGAAAGAGCCUCUGUCUCUGGCUGAGGUUGAGAGGCAGCAGAUCAUUCAGGAAAUGAAGAAGAAGACUUCCUUGAACACAGACAACAGCUGGAUUCGCCAGCAGAGCUCUGCCAGUGUUACUGCCAAAGAACCAAUUGAUCUGCCCAUCAGGAGAGGCGAGUCACUUGACAACCUCGAUAUGCCUCGUUCCUCUUGGAGUUCACCAUGGAGCACAUCUAACAACACCUCGUCCAUACCAGACUACAGCCGGCCUCAUUCGUCCCUCUCUGGCUCCUUGUCCUACCAGAGUGGACGUCCAGGGUCUGCCACUAUGCAGUCAUCUCAGUCCAUGAGCUCCGUCAGGCAGUCCUGGUCCCCAUCUGCAACUACACCAGAGCCAGAGCCUCGAGUUCCACCGCGGAACAGGUCAGUGAGUAGCAGGAAAAUAUGUUCGCUCUGUAAUACACCACUGGGCAAAGGAGCAGCCAUGAUCAUCGAGUCUGUGGGGCUCUGUUAUCAUUUGAGUUGUUUCAAGUGCAUUAACUGCAGGUCUGAUUUGGGAGGCUCAGAAGCAGGAGCAGAAGUCAGAAUACGAAAGCAACAGCUCUAUUGUAACACCUGCUAUUCCCGACUCAAAACUGCGCAGCCCACAGACAUGUGAUUUCACUGUACUGCAGCAGAUCGAGGAGGAACCAAUCACAGACUAGGAACUGUAAACACUGGGAGCGUGUUGGAGAUGUGAUGAACAUUGGGUGAUUUAGUCAGCCUUGAUUAUUCAAUGAGCUUCUAUUCUUCCUUUUUUUACUUAUGAGAGGGUGAGAUUCUGUCUGAGGUUAUGUCUAUUUGAAAGUAUUAGAAACUGUUUGUACAAAAGGGAUGUGCAUGUACCUGAAAAUGAACUAUGCAUUUAAAAAUAUAAUUCAUACACUGUCUUUUUCAUCAUCACUUAUUAAAUAUUGUGGUGACUUCUAGCUGGUUAACUGAUAUCUGUAUGGUCCUGAAAGUGUUUAUAGUAGUUAAUAGAAAUAUGCAAAUGUAUUGUUUUUGCUUAUCUAGGUUUCUCCUGCAAUCAUUUCUAUAUAAGGUUUGCUGACAAAUAUCCUUUAAUUAAACUUAAUCUGUGUGCUUUUUUGUGUUCUGAUGGGAAGAGAUGACUAAGGAUAAAUCCAUUAAGAAUUUAUUUAAAAGUGGCAUGGUUAGAAAGCAGCACUCAUUAGUUAUGCACUCUUUCGUUGGUAGCAUCUAUUUUAUGCAUCUGAGCAAUUUCUCUACAGGGGGAUACAUUUAGGAACAAAAGCGGCAUGCUCAGUAAUAAUUGUAAAUAAAAUUCUGAACUCUAAUAGA